UUAAAACAGCCUGUUUUGCUACAACCUUCACCGCAUUUCACAUCGACCAUAACCUAACCUAACAUGACUCGUUUUUCGCCACCAUAUUGGCUCCCCCUCCUAAUAAUCCACAUUUUACUAACAACAACUUCACCGGUUCUAUCCGAUGAACAGGACCCUGCGAGACUAAGAACGUUCAGAGCCUCUCUCAACAACGCCGAGGCGCUAAGCAAUUGGAACCCAGAUGACAAGCCACCAUGUGAUGGUGAAGUACCAAACUGGAAGGGAAUAAUGUGCAACAAAGAUGGAAAUGUGUACGGGUUACAACUCGAGAACAUGGGUUUAAGUGGGACAAUAGAUAUGGACACAUUGGCUGAAAUAGCGAGUAUUCGAACGUUAAGUUUCAUGAACAACAACUUCGAGGGCUUGAUGCCUAACGUGUCGAAAAUCGGGUCUUUGCAUGGGAUUUUUCUGUCGAAUAACAAGUUUUCUGGGGGGAUAGGUGGUGAUGCGUUUAAAGGGAUGGGUUCACUUAGGAAAGUUGAACUGGGAAAUAAUAAUUUUGUGGGUAAGAUUCCCAUAUCUCUUUCGCAGUUGCCGAUUCUUGUAGAUUUGCAGCUUCAAAACAACGGGUUUGAGGGUAAGAUACCGGAUUUUGAGCAGAAGGAUUUGAAAGUGAACUUUGCAAAUAAUAAACUUGAUGGGCACAUACCUAAGGGGCUUAGAAACCAGGCUCCAAGCUCAUUUGCAGGAAACAACUUAUGUGGUAAACCUCUUAAGGAUUGUAAGGAGACACUAAACAAAAAAAUGAUUAUCAUCAUCGCUGUUGUGUCCAGUUUAGCAGUCUUAACUGCCAUCAUAUUGGUCUUAAAAAUUUUUCGAACCCAAAGUAAGCGAAAAAACGAGUACAAAAACCAUCAAAUAACAAAGAUGGACAGAACGACUACUUACAAGGCGAAUGCAAACAAUCAGGUUCAAAUGCACACUAAACAAGAUCAGACAUACAAAAGAUCUGACAAUGGCGGAAAGCUACACUUCGUGAGGACUGAUAGGGAAAGGUUCGAGUUGGAAGACCUUCUACGAGCCUCGGCUGAUGUGUUGGGAAGUGGGAGCUUCGGGUCUUCGUAUAAGGCGAUGCUUGCGGGACGAAAUCCAAUGGUGGUCAAGAGGUUCAAGGAGAUGGGCAAUGUGGGAAAAGAAGAAUUCCAUGCUCAUAUGAGAUUGCUAGGAGGCUUGUCACACCCAAAUUUACUACCUCUUGUGGCUUUUUAUUACAAGAAAGAUGAGAAACUGUUGGUCACUGAUUUUGCUGCUAAUGGUAGCUUGGCUAGCCAUCUUCAUGGUAAACGGAAACCCGACGAGCCAGGAUUGGAUUGGGCAACGCGGUUAAAGAUAAUCAAGGGUGUAGCCCGCGGGCUUGAUCAUCUUUACGAAGAGUUUCCUCGUCUAUCAUUACCUCAUGGUCACUUGAAGUCAUCAAAUGUGCUUCUUGAUGAGGAUUUCAACCCCCUUCUUUCAGACUAUGCUCUAGUCCCCGUGAUAAACAAGGAUCAUGCACAACACCUCAUGGUGGCCUACAAGUCACCAGAAUUCACACAACACAGACACACGACAAAAAAGACAGACGUUUGGUGCCUUGGGAUCUUGAUACUAGAAAUGCUAACCGGUAAGUAUCCAGCAAACUAUCUAGAACAAGGUAAGGGUGGGAAACCGGAUUUGGGGACAUGGGUUAACUCUGUAGUGCGCGAAGAGUGGACGGGUGAGGUGUUUGAUAAGGAGAUGAAAGGGACAAAGAAUGGUGAGGGUGAGAUGUUGAAACUGUUGAAGAUCGGGAUGGGUUGUUGCGAAUGGGAUGUCGCGAGGAGGUAUGAUAUAAGAGAGGUUGUUGAAAAGAUACAAGGGUUGAAGGAAAGAGAAGAUGAUGAAGAGUUUUCAUCUUAUGCAAGUGAAGGAGAUGGUUACUCUUCAAGAGCUAUGGAUGAUGAUAAUUUCUCUUUCUCGGUUACUAGUUAGGUUGAUCAUAUGUUUUGGUUUGGUUUUUAUCCAAUAUAUUAUGAUGUUGAUGAAUAUUCAUAAGAUAUGUUUUGGUUUUUACCCAAUGUUAUGAUAUUGAUUAAAAUUCAUAAGAUGGUCUAACCAAUUUAUAACA